GGAAGCGGUCGGAGCGCAGCGCGACUGGGCGCUAAGAUGGCGGCCGCGUGAGUUGCAUGUUGUGUGAGGGACCCGGGGCCGCCGUGUCGCUUGGGCCUCGCCAUGGCCGUCACCAUCACGCUCAAAACGCUGCAGCAACAGACCUUCAAGAUUCGCAUGGAGCCUGACGAGACGGUAAAGGUGCUAAAAGAAAAGAUAGAAGCUGAGAAGGGACGUGAUGCCUUCCCUGUGGCUGGACAGAAACUCAUCUAUGCUGGCAAGAUCCUCAGUGAUGAUGUCCCUAUCAGGGACUAUAGAAUUGAUGAGAAAAACUUUGUGGUCGUCAUGGUGACCAAGGCCAAAGCUAGCCCAGGCACCUCAAUAACCACAGAGGCCUCCCCCACUGCUGCCCCGGAGUCCUCCAUCUCCUUCCCACUGGCCCCUGCCUCAGGAAUGUCCCAUCCCCUGCCCACCACCAGAGAGGACAAGAGCCCAUCAGAGGAAUCUGUGCCCACGACGUCUCCGGAGUCUGUGUCAGGCUCUGUUCCCUCUUCAGGUAGCAGCGGGCGAGAGGAAGACGCAGCCUCUACGCUAGUGACUGGCUCUGAGUAUGAGACGAUGCUGACGGAGAUCAUGUCCAUGGGCUAUGAGCGGGAACGGGUCGUGGCCGCCCUGAGAGCCAGCUACAACAAUCCUCACCGAGCCGUGGAGUAUCUACUCACGGGAAUUCCUGGGAGUCCCGAGCCAGAGCAUGGUUCCGUGCAGGAAAGCCAGGUAUCUGAGCAGCCAGCCACAGAAGCAGCAGGAGAGAACCCCUUGGAGUUCCUGAGGGAUCAGCCCCAGUUCCAGAACAUGCGGCAGGUGAUUCAGCAGAACCCAGCACUCCUGCCUGCCCUACUGCAGCAGCUGGGCCAGGAGAACCCUCAGCUUUUGCAGCAAAUUAGCCGGCAUCAGGAGCAGUUCAUCCAGAUGCUGAACGAGCCCCCAGGGGAGCUGGCAGACAUCUCAGACGUGGAGGGGGAGGUGGGUGCCAUAGGUGAGGAUGCCCCGCAAAUGAACUACAUCCAGGUGACGCCACAGGAGAAGGAAGCAAUAGAGAGGUUGAAGGCCCUUGGCUUCCCAGAGAGCCUGGUGAUCCAGGCCUACUUCGCUUGUGAAAAAAACGAGAACUUGGCUGCCAACUUCCUUCUGAGUCAGAACUUUGAUGAUGAGUGAUGACUGGGAGAUCCGGCCACCCACAGCCCCCCACCCUGACCCCUCCUCCAAAAAGUUUUAUAAAAGAAAAAAUAUAUAUAUAUUCAUGUUUAUUUAAGAAGUGAGAAAUCAAAAACCUUAAAAAAAAAAAAAAAAAACAACUUUACACCCUCUUAAACUGGCCCCUGUUCCAAUCUUGGCCUGAAAAGACCCUUGCCAGACAUCUGUCCCCCAUCCCCCACUCCAGUCCAGCUUUCUCCAAGGAGCUGGCAGAACUGGAGGUAACAGAUGGGCCCCUUUUGGCCUCUGUCCCAGCUCCCUGCAGCCAGAUGGAGAGGCGGCUGCUUGCUUCCCCAUCCUUCAAAGAGCCCCUGAGACCUUUCCUCCACCCUUUUCCAGGGUAUGAGGAAACUGGAGCCCCAAACUUUGAUCUUUCAUUGGAGUGGCCCAAAUCUUUCCAUCUGAGGUGAAUACUUGAGGUCCAAGUCUCCUUCCCCAGUCUGGCCUUGGCCUCCAACCUCCAUCCCUUUGUUGGGGAGGAGGCUUAGUUUGUCCUGCCUGGGAAGGGUAAUGUCGGAGCUGUUCAUGAGGCGGAGACCAUCUCCCACCCCAAACACAGAACUUGUGUCUCUGAUAAAGGUUUUGAAGUGAAUAAAGUUUUAAAAGACA